CCUUUAGUUCAAGAAUGAAAGGUAUGCUGGUUGAUGAAGAGAAGAAGACCGAGAACCACGAACUCAAAACUACAUGGGUUACAAAACUUGAAGAUGCACUGUAUAAAGCAGACGACUUGAUGGAAGAGGUCUACAAUGAGGCAGCCAAACCGAUCCUAAACUCAAAACAACUAGUUUCCUUGGGGGACAAGCUAGGUGAACAAAUAAAAAAUAUCAUAAAGGACGCUGCAGCUAGAGGCAAAGCCACUGCUAGGAUUGAAGAGCCUCAUAAAGUUGUCACUAAGGAGUGGACCCGCUGGUGGAUAAGCUCAAUUUAGAUGGAUGGUUGGACGACCACAAAAAGGCUGUUAAAGAACAACAUGUGAAGGACAGAGUGGAGAUCAUGAGCAGCAUGUAGCGGCUGUGGCCAUAGUAGGUUAUGGAGGAUUAGGAAAAACCACACUCGCUCUAAACUUGUUCCAAGAGCAGAUGACCAACUUUGAUUUGCCAAUCUGGGUUAAUGUCCCUUAUGAUUUCAACAUGAGAAUGAGAUCACUUGUUGAGGGAAUCAUUGUGUCCAAAGCUAAGAAUAGUCUUCAUGAGAGAAUCCGUACUGAUCCUGAAAAUUGCAAGACUACUACUCAUCAGAAAACCAUUCAUUCUGAAACUUCUGAUGAGAUAAUUAGUUUUAUAGAGAAAAAGAAGCAACACCUCCACAACCUUAAUGAAGAUGAAUUGUAUUAUGAGGAUCUUAGAAAAGCAAUAGAUGGAAAACGCCUGCUUCUUGUACUUGAUGGAGUUUGGGAUAUGCAUUCUGAAAUGUGGCUAGCAUUCAAAAACUUAUUAGCAAAUGUUGUUGGUGAUGGGAGUAGAAUAUUAAUAACUACCCGUAGUAGACUUGUUGGAAAGAUUACUGCGAGUACAGAGAAGGACGUCCAUAUGUUAACCCAUCUAGAUGAAUGCAACUCUUGCGAUCUAUUCCAACGAUUUGCUUUCGCUCCUGAGAGGCCAGUCAAAUCUGAAAUUGUGGAGAUUGCUGUGGAGAUUGUGAAAAGGUGUGGAGGAAACCCUUUUGCCUUAGAGACAGUAGGGAAGAAACUGAAUUCUAUAAAUCUAGAAACCGAAGAUUGGUCCAGUUUCUUCAAUACAGAAUUUCAGAAGGUAGUAAAUGAAGAAAUUUUGCCCUCCCUUAAACUUAGUUAUGAUGUUCUACCUCCGCAUUUGAAACAUUGCUUUGCCUACUGUGGUGUGUUCCCUCAACAAUCUGAAAUUGAUGUGAAAAACUUGAUACAUCUUUGGAUCGCACAAGGGUUGAUUUUUCCAUCACGAGGACAACAAAUGGAGGAUGUGGGUUAUGACUAUGUUAAGGAUUUAUGUGAGAGAUAUUCCUUGUUUGAACAAAUGGAAGUAGAUCAUGAGAAUGGCUUUGCAACAAAGUGCAAAAUGCCAAACCUUAUACAUGACCUAGCAGUACAUGUUGGGGGACCAAGGUUAGCCACAUUAAAGGAAAAGGAUAAGCGUAUCAUUGAUGAAAGUACUCAAAAUGUGUCAUUUCACUUUCAUUUUGAUCGGUCCUGGAAGAUUCCUUCACUCUUUCACGAAAAGAGGCCCAGGAUACGAACAAUUAUUUUGGCUAGCCAGUUGCAAGAGGAAAAUGAUCGGGAGAGACUACGUAAAUCAGCUUGUGAAAAAAUCAUUUCCAGAUGCAAAAAGUUACGCACAUUGGAUCUGCAUAGUACAGGGAUCAAAGCUGUGCCAGAGUCCAUUGGUAAGUUGAAGUAUCUGAGAUACCUUGAUCUUUCUGAAAACAAAGCUAUUAAGGCAUUGCCUGAAUCAAUCACCACGAUACCGUCUUUGAUGACACUGAAACUCUCCUCAUGCUAUGGACUCAAAGAACUGCCAAAAGAUAUCAGGAAACUAGUCCACCUCAAACAUCUAGAGAUUGAAUGGUGCUAUAGUUUGACUCAUAUGCCUCCUGGACUUGGUCAGCUAACUCAACUCGAGACCUUAUCAGAAUUCGUGUUGAAAAGGAGCACUGGAGAUGGUAAACAAACUCCAACAUUACCAAAAUGUUUGUAUACAAAGGACAUUGAUUUGGAGUCGCUGGAAGAAUUAGCUGAGCUGAACAACUUGAGAGGAGAGCUGAAAAUAAAACUUUUGAGAAAUGUUGAUGCUGAGUAUUCUAAGGUUGCAAAUUUGGAAAGGAAAGAACACCUUAAAUCUUUAAUAUUAUCUUGGGACCUCGAUCUGGAUUCUGAUGGCAUUGACAAAGAAGCAAACAAGGCUCAAGAUACACUACAAGGUCUAAAGCCGAACUCGAAGCUUAAAGAAUUGACUUUAUUCGGCUACAGGGGUGACAAGCUUUCAGAUUGGCUUCUUUCGCUCACAAAUUUGGUCAAAUUUUCAUUACAAAAAUGCGAAUGCGUAAAUCUACAACCACUUACUCAGCUUACAACUCUCAAGGUAUUGAUAUUGGAAAACAUGCCUAGCUUGAAGUAUAUCUCCAACAAGUCUGAUGAUCACAAUUCUGAAAUCAAUCCCUCAUCAUCAACUGAAUUCAUUAAAAAACUGGAAGAGGUAAGGCUUACAGAACUGCCUGAUCUAGAGGGAUGGUGGGAAGAAAGUGAUGCUUCAUUGGCAUUUCCUCUUCUUUCCAAAUUGAUGAUCGAAGAUUGCCCAAAGUUGCAUUCCAUGCCACUCUACCCAAAUUUAAAAGAAUGGUUAGUGUUGAAGAACACUAGCUUGGUGACAUUCAUAAAUACAAUGAAAGAUAAAAGCUUUGUCAAACAGACGAUGAAUGCUGAAUGCUCCUCCAAACAGACAAUGAAUGAUAAAAAGUACUCCUCUCCUCUGUCCAAUUUGCAAAAUCUGUGCAUUGGGAAUACGGACGUUCGCUCUAAAGAAGAGAUUAGGUGGGAAAGUCUCACAAGCCUCCUGUUUUUGAGAUUCGAUAACGUUCGAAAACUCAAGGCACUUCCUGAGGGGCUUCAGCAUGUUACCACCCUCAAAGAACUCGACAUUUGGCAUUGUACCAUGAAGAAUCUUCAAGGAUGGAUAGGGAAAUUCAAACAGCUUCGAAGACUUGCAUUUUCUUCAUGUCCUAAGUUGAAAUCUCUGCCUAAAGAAAUCAAAGACCUCUCAGAUUUGGAGACAUUAGAGAUAGCGGAUUGUCCAAUCUUAUUGCAAAGAUGCCAAAAAAAGAUUGGUGCAGAUUGGAAGAAGAUUGAACGCAUUGAAAAUAUUCUACUCCAGCAGCAACCUCAAGAUCAUAUAAAAAAAAUAUACGAAGAUGAUGCUCUAAAGACUAAAGGUUUAUAUGCAUAUUAUUGGGAUCCUAAACAUGGAAAGAAGUCAAGCAGGAUUAAGAGAACUGUUAUUAAUUAGAUGAAGUGAGAUCAAGAAAGGGAUCAAAAUCGAAGAUUCAAUGAUGAUGACCAAAUUACAUGGAUCUGUUGGCUGUCUGUAUUUUUCACUGCGAGUAUCAUAAAUCAAAUUGAUUCUACCUUUCUUUGUUCAAGACUACAAGGGAUAUGAUUCUGCAUUAAAGAGAAAGGCCAUUUUGCUUGUGCUGUUGAAGAAGUUGAUUCUACUUAGCUUCACAGCUAAACCAACUUACUAUGUUCAGGAAUGAUAACCUUCAGUUUGGCUUUUCUAACUGCAAAUUCCAGCAAAGUAAUUCACCGCGUUGACUCGUAAAUGGGUGAUGACUUAUGCUUCUUGAUUACCAUCUGGCAAAACAACAAAGGACAACUCCAAUAUGAGAAUGACUGAAUGAAUGUUCUAUACAUCAUUUUCUGGGUUUGCUUUCAAAAAUGAGAAGAUGUUAAUACCAAUCCAAAGUCUUAAAAAUGGUUGCUAUGUUUGGAAUAAGUCCGACCGAAAUAUAAAAAGCUAUUGAAGUAGGUGAGACAAAGUAGCAGAUGAUGAACAUAAUCCACAUUAAAUCACCAGUACAUGGCAUAUCAUUGCAUAGAACAUGGUGAAGGAAUGCAGGUUCAUGAUUAAUAGAUGCAUGGACAGCACAUCGAUUACCCUCUCUAGUCUCUAUUUCUACUCCUUUAUGGAAUUUUGAAUGUGUCAUAUUCAAAGUGUUUGAAGCAACUUUAUGUUGUUUUUUGACUGCUAUUUGCUAGUGCUUUAUUACCUUGUAAUAAUUCUUUUUGAAGAGUAAAUUCAUCCAUUAUAUCCCU